AUGGAGAAAGAACGUUCAAAAGUCGUGCAAUCUGAAAGUGUAGCCCGCGUUCGAGACUGGAUUAGACUAUGUUUCCCUUCUGGUCUGAAUGCCAUUUUACGUUCGAAAGCAGAAAAGACCGGGAAAGGCUCGCACCAAAAAGGACAUGAAUCUGCCGCUACGGUCGACAAGUCGAAUGCGAGAUUCACCAGUGAGCGUGGAAAAGGUCCUUCCCCCGUGUCUAUAUCGACCUUCGGAUGGCUUUCUACAGUCAGCCUGUCGAUGAUUACGGGUUUGUUCAUGACACUCGGGUUUGCACUUCUUCUAGUCUGGCAUUACAACAUUGUUGGGAAUGGAUAUGCCUUGGUCACAGACAACCACUACUCCUGGACUUACGGCCCUACCGCCAUCCUUGUCUUUGUCGUUGCUCUAUGGCGCCAGGUGGAUUUCAAUUUCAAGUCUGCAGCACCGUGGCUUGUUCUUCAGCAUGGACACGCAAAUGGAAAGGAUACCCUCCUCCUUGAUUACAUUUCUCCUCUUCAACCUACCUCUUUCUGGCGAGCGCUCAGGAAUCGCCAGUUUGGCGUGCUCUCUACAAUUACUGGCUUUGUUCUGCUGAAAGUCAUCACACUAGCCUCCACCGGCCUCUUCGUGGCGGAUCUUACACAGCUUUCGAGUCAGAGUAUCGGCCUGAUACGCAAUGUGAAUUUCAAUGGAUCACUUUGGAAUAUCACACAACCCUUGGGGAGCGAAGAUGCGUCCGUAGUAUACGAAGCUUAUGGCGUUUUGGCACGCGGCGUCGCCACACAUGGCUUCGGCACCACGAAUGAUCUCGCCUACGAAACAUUCAAAAUUCCUCCCGACUUACAACAGAAGUCUGGGCGACUGGUAGCGCAAAUGAAUGCUUUCAUACCCGACUUCAAUUGUGUUGAUGCCACGGUUUCCAUAAACCCAUCUCCCUACGGGACAGAUGGCGAACAGUCUGGUCAGACUAUUUCAAUCCUAUCUCCAGGCUGUCAACUGAUGGGUGGGGCUCAGCCAGUGUUUGUUCUUGAUGCAAACACUGAAUUAUGUCCCCAGACCCAGUUCAGGGGGAAUAUGGAACGGGUCAACUGUUCCAGGAUGGGGUCUUCCGUCGACCUGCGAAAUUAUCAACUCCUUACUCUGGCCGAGAUUUCCUAUCAACAAGUCUUGAACAACUCCGCCACGAAUACGACGACGGCUGUGGAUAGUUCCGAUAUCGAUGUUGUGUCUUGGACGAUUGCUAUUAAUCAAACCAAAAGUCUGCUCUGUCGCCCGGCUUAUAGCAUGGGCAAAGUUAAUGUGACUUAUGAUUUUUCCGAAGACCCUCCUUUGAUCACAGUUGGUGCUCCGACUGUCACCAAUGGCCAUCUUGCGGGUUUCCAAGACGAUGACCUGGCCUCACGAUUUACAAGCUCCUUGGUAGCGGGUGCCAACAUGUUUGGAGAUAUCACUCCCGAAUCUGACCUGGAACAAGACUUUCCGAACACGAUGUUCAGUCUGAUGGCUUCUGCUGCCGGCGGUGAUGGCCAAUACCAAUCCUUAAUGGAUGGUAAUGCUAUGAAGGAUGCAGCUGAACAAACGUAUAGGCAGAUGGCGGUCCAAUUUGCCAGCAAAUAUCUGCUAGAGCCGGACGGGUCGGAAUUCAAUGGGGACCUUACAUCUGUCGAGAAUCGCUUGAAAGUGAAUCCUCUCUCGUUAUGGAUUAUGUUGGGCGGCUUUGCCGUCAUGGCUGUUCUGGCUUCAGCUGUCUUUUUCUUGCGACCUCGAAAGCCUCUCCCACCAUAUUCUCACACGGCGUACGGCAUGGCAUUGGUUCUGGACCAGAAUCCGAAUUUUCAAAGUCUGAUUGAGACCCUCUUGGACCUAAAAGAGACCGAAAUAGCUCUGAAACUGGCGGAGUAUAAGUUCUCUGCCUUCGCAACCGAAGAUUCCAUUGGGGCUUCCACCACCGUGGUUGAGUGUUUUCCAAAUGGAAACUCACCUCGCUCGUUGGAUCUCGAUGCAACGGAAGCCCUUCCAGACCCCAACCAAAUGCAAUGGUGGAAUCCAUUACCAACUCGACGUUUCAUCGUUGUUGUGGUAGUCCUACUUCUUAUAACCACGAUUGCUGCUCUGGAAGCUCUACAGCGACUUUCAGACAGCAAUCGAGGAGUGUUGACGCUACCUGCAAUCGAUACCACAACCACGACCGUGUACACACGUCUGCUUCCUGCCCUGGUUAUUCUGAUCCUUGCAACGUCUGUCAAUGCCAUUGACUUCAAUGUCAUGGUUCUUGCACCAUUCAGUGCUAUGAAGUCUGGAAGAGCCUUGGCAGAGGCUAGCAUGGAGCUUUCUCUCGUCGAUCAACUUCCUCCUUUGGCACUCUGGAAGGCCAUCAAGCAUCGCCAUUUUGCAACAGUCUGCUCGUCGACGGCUGCAAUCAUUGGAAGCAUACUAACAAUCGUUGUUUCUGGCCUUUAUACCCCUCGGGCAAUUCCGGGCACCACCGCAAUAGCUCUCAAGGCGAGCGAUGCUUUCAACACAAGCUGGCCAGAGAGUGCAACUAAUGACAGCACGGCUGCUCUCAUUGUGAGCUUGACCGAAAGCCUGAAUUCUAGCUAUCCAGCAUUCACGUAUAAUGAGCUUGCUCUGCCAACUUUCGCAAUGCCUGAAAUACCGUCAAACAUGACUGCGUCAACGCUGGAAGUAACUUACCCUGCCGUCCGUGCUUCGCUGAAUUGCUCUACUCUGAGUUCAGAAUCCUUCAACUUCAGUGCCGACUACGAUCCCAGAAUUGAAACUUCAAGUGCCAACGUCAACGUCAUAGUACCACUGCCUCCGAACUGUCUCUUGGGGGGCCCUGGUGGAAACCUGAGUUAUAUUAACGUUGCAUACCGUGCCGGGCUACAAGCGAACGCAUCGUACUUUGGCAAGGUGCUAGACCUCCACGUAGGUCCUUACGAUGCAAUCCAAGGCAGUGCUUUUGGUGAGACCGACCCGGGGUCUCAACCUGACAAUCCUCCCGGCUGCCCGUCCUUGGCGUUCAUAUACGGGUACGCCGACAUCACCACGAUGGAUCGCAGUGAUGUUACUGUUUUGAUGUGUUAUCAAGAAAUGCAGCGGGUUCGGACAUCAGUGACUUUCGAUCUGCCCGCAUUGUCCAUCUCAACAACACAGCCCCCGGUGCCGGAUGAGGCUUCGGUGGAACUGCUCCCAGCUGGAGUUCACGGAGAGACCGCAUUCUCCUACCGCAUCGAGCAGCAUAUGGAUCAAUCUCUCUCACUAUUCAAUCAGACGCAAUACUCGUCCGCAAACUUGGCGGAGUCGCCCGUUGACGGGUUCUUCCAGGCCGUGUUAUUCGGCAAGACGCCACUCCCAGAAUCGAUGCUCGUUGGCCAAGAGAACCGAGCCACCGUAUUCCAAGGAAUCAAUGCUUUCUACCGGCGAUACAUGGCACAAGCCAUCUCCAGCAAUAUGCGUGUGCCUUCACCCGCGAGUGCUGCGACCAAUGAAGCUCAAACAUACGCCGGUUUCGUCUCAAAUGCUUCCCUGUCCGUCCGGCUGGUCCAACACAACGGCGCCAAACUCGCGCUCCAGGCAUUGCUGGGCCUAAUGGCUAUCCUGACCGCCCUGGCGUGCAUGUUGACCAAACUGGACAAAGUGGUACCGUAUAACCCGUGCACGAUCUUCGGUGUUGCGGCUCUUCUGGCGGGCAGUAGACUGUGUCGGGAUCGAAGGUUGGAGACUUUGAAACAGGACGAAGAUACGACAUGUUACAGACUGGGCUGGUGGGACGACGCGCCCGACGAAUUGACUGAACGUGCUGUGUUCGGUGUGGCACAAGGAUCUACCAGGGAAAGAAGGUACGGUAUCGAUUUCGUCGAGCCUGAGCAACGAGUUUAA